AUGGAGAAAUACAAGGUGCUGGAGCAGCUGCAGCCUGGGUCACUGGGCACUAUGCUGGUAGUUGAAUUGAAAACAGAAAAUGAUGCAGAGAAGAAAUACAUAAUAAAGCAGGUUGAAUGCAUUGAAGAAAAGCAAGCAAAUGAGGCCUUGAAGGAGGCAAGGGAUUUGCUAAAACUUCAUCAUUCAAACAUCUGUGCUUACAAGGAAUUGUUUGUGACUUGGGAUAAUGAGAUGUCAUCUCUGUUCCUUUGUCUGGUAAUGCAGCACUCAGGCCAAGGAGAUCUUUCAUCUGUAAUCAAGGAAAAAAGGCAGAAGUCAGAAAAAAUAACAGACGUGGUGAUUCUGAAGUUCCUGGGACAGAUGGUGGAUGCUUUGUUUUAUAUACACAAACAAAAUAUUUUCCACAGAAAUCUCAAGCCAUCAAACAUACUUGUGACUGGUGAAGCAUCCUUCAUGCUUAGCGACUUCAGUACAGAAACACUUAUGACAGAUGAGAUGAAAUGGAAAAUAAGAGUGGAAGAAAAUAGCAAGUCUUGGAUGGCUCCAGAAACAUUUGUUUUUUCUUUUACUGAGAAAUCUGACAUCUGGUCUCUAGGUUGUAUUCUACUUGACAUGAUGACCUGCUUUGUUCUGAAUGCAGAAGAGAUAACUUCGUUACUGCAGGAUAUUAGAUGGGAUACCAGCCGUCUUGAGGAAGUUCUGACACUAAUGCAAAACGCGGAUAACAGCUCUUUGCCUUUAUUUCCAGUUUUAUUUAUGAUACUACAGAUUCAGCCUAGCAUGAGACCCACAGCAAAGGAUCUGACUGAUGUUCCAUUUAUUAGGGAAUGCUUGACUGUUGGUGAUGCCUCUUCAGUAAAAGUGAAAAAGUCUUUGCCUCCCAAAAUAAUAGAUGUGCUCCUUGAGGGAGGAAUAGAAAGUGUUCUAGAAUUCAUGCAGGCUUUCUGGGAUGUAGAAGAAGUGCAGGCUAAAGCCAUUCAGCACCUUGCCAGCUUUGUAAGAGAUAAAAGUGCCUUGCCCUAUCUGCUAACAUUCACAGAAUUGAUCACUUUUGCCAUGAAGACUCAUGUAGAUUCUCUGAAGUUACAAGUAGAUGGUUGCAGUUUAUUGCUUGAAAUUCUUAGUCAAGCUCUAGAAGAGGAAGUGGUGAUGGCCCUGGAUGAGAAUGUGACCAGCUCUCUGUUAGACACAAUGAGAAAACACUCUGCAAAUGAAGAGUUACUUUCGUUGGUCUGCACAUUAUUGAUGAUGAUUUCAGCCAGUGAAGUUGCUGCAGAGAAUCUAAGGAAAGCUGGAGUAAUUCCGGACCUUCUGUCAAUUUUAAGAAAUUUUCUUCUUAAUGAAAAGAUCUGCCUCUCUUGCUGUGGAGUUCUCUGGAGCUUGGCUGUGAGUGAGAAAAAUGUAGACCAAGCAUUGCUGAAAAGUGCUGUCCCUGUUACCUCUGCGGUCCUUCAAGAGCACCUCCAGAAUGGAACAGUUAUGGAGUCUGCUUGCUCGGCUCUGUGGGCAUUGUCACUCCAAGGUUGCUUAACUGAAAAUGAGUACGAGCCCACAACAGUGCUUCUGCUGGAUGUGCUCAGGAUGAACCCAGAAAGACCGGUGCUGGUGAAGAACACUUGCCUGGCAUUAGCAAGCCUUCUAAGGCUAUCUGAAAUACCAGCUUUGAGAUUUAUAACGGAUUCAAAAGGUAGUGGAAUAAACCUGAUCAAAGAUGCCUACCACCUUCACUUCGAUGAUCCAGAAGUGGUGGAAAAUAUCUGUGUGCUGCUUAACGAGAUGGUUCAGUAUGAUGAUGUUGUGCUGGAUAUGCUGUCCCAGAAAAUGGAAGAAGUGCUGUCUGAAAUAAAAAUCCGUUUUCCGUCCAGCAUGGAGAUAAUGACCCUUGUGGAUGCAACGCUUUUGAAACUGCAGAAGUAAAAGAAAAACU